AAAAGAGAAAUCCUUGCUGAUUCAAUCUUAAUCAUAUUGGCAGUGGCAGCACUUCCAUGGGACCAUUUAUUUCCAAGUUACACCAGCAGAAACCUCACACCGCCUGCUGUUUCACAUGUAAGCUACUAUCACAGAGCUGAGAUGAUCCAACCUUUGUCAAGUCUCUGAGCAGCCUCUUUGGAAUUUAAACGCUAAAAUGAGAAGUAUCCAUACAUUGUUAGAAAGAAUUAAUUAUCUUCAUCCCAUGUAAAUUUAGAGCACUUUGACCACUACUGGAAAGAGCUGCUUUCAAGACAGUGCUAAAGAAUUAUUCAUCCUAUUAAUUUCCUGAGGUUUCUGCCAGUGAAUCAGUCUGCUGGUGGAGACAGACCAGUGACCGUGGCAGAAGACAGAAGCAAGGCAGUCAAAGCAGAGCCCCAAGAUGUGGUGCCUCCUCAUGCUGCUCUGCUCCCAAGGAAUUGCCUUUUCAGCAGGAUUCACAGCAGCCUCCACUGCAGGUGUUGACACAAGCCGCUGCAAGAAGAGUCCCAACCCGGAAUGUUUCAUGAAUGUUAGUGAAAUUAUCAGAUAUCAUGGAUACCCCAGUGAAGAAUAUGAAGUUACAACAGAGGAUGGAUACAUUCUUGGUGUUUACAGAAUUCCUGCUGGGAGGAAUGACGGAAAUACAGGGCAAAGGCCUGCAGUGUUCCUGCAACAUGCUUUUCUAGGAGAUGCUACUCACUGGAUUUCCAACUUGCCCAACAACAGCUUGGGCUUUGUGCUUGCAGAUGCUGGCUAUGAUGUCUGGUUGGGAAACAGCAGAGGGAACACCUGGUCUUUAAAACACAAGACCCUUAAGCCCUGCCAGAAGGAGUUCUGGCAAUUCAGCUUCAAUGAAAUGGGUAAAUAUGAUAUUCCAGCAGAGCUGAACUUCAUCAUGAAUAAAACUGGACAGAAGGAUGUUUACUAUAUUGGUCACUCUGAAGGGUCAACUGCAGGCUUCAUAGCAUUUUAUACAUACCCUGAGCUGGCUAAACGGGUGAAAGUGUUCUUUGCUCUGGGCCCAGUAACUGCAUGCCCACAUGCUACAAGCCCUCUGGUUAAGAUAACAAAUCUUCCUGAACCACUGCUCAGGUUAGUACUUGGCUGCAAAGGAGCUGCCCACCAGAUUGAGUUUCUGAAAAGACCUGUGACACAGUUCUGCACAAGCCUGGAUAAGUUUUGUGCCCAUGUUCUCUGUUACAUAGCUGGAGGCAGUGUAAAAAAUAUCAACUCGAGUCGAGUAGAUAUGUACGUAGGACAUUCCCCAGCUGGAACAUCGGUACACAACAUUUUUCAUUGGCGACAGCUAGCACAUACAGACCGGUUUCAAGCCUAUGAUUAUGGCUCUAAGGAAAACAUGAAGAAAUACAACCAGAGGUGUCUGCAUGAGCUUCAAGCAGUAGAGGAAUGACUGCCUGGUUUUUCAUUUCACAAGCAUAGUGAAGAGCUGUGCUGCCAGACUGAAGGGAAAUGGAAGCAAAUUAAUUUUAUUUCUAUGACUUCUUUAGUAGAGCUUAGGUAAGUAGAACUACCUGUAGGCUAUCAGAUUCCCCCUAACAGCUGGUUGCAAAACACACAUACCAUUUCCUGUCACAAUACACUACAAGGUAAAACAAAUACGUUACCAUGAGAAAAACAGGAUCAAAAAAUUUAAUUCCUUCCCUGGGAUGCAGCUGCUAAAACAGGUUUGAUACAUUAGCAGGAAACCAGUAAUUUCAGAGGAUCACAUGAGCUUGACCUCAGAAACUACAUCUUAAGCAAUAUUGUUUGCUUGCACUUCAGUGUUUAAGAAUUUCAUUGCUGUUAAAAUUGGUGUUUCCCCUUUUCUACCUCAGAGAAGAGGAGCUCUUUACCUCACCCAAGUAGGCUAGUGGAUACAUAACUCUGUAUAUGGCAGAUCAGCACCCUCUGAAGACCAAGAAUAGACACAGGGUCUUGCCCCGUAGGCCACAACUCUGUUCCAGUUCAAAAUAAAUGCUGAUAAACUCAGAUGCUUAUAUCAUUAGAAUCUUUACAGAAUUGGGUAUUUAAUACAUAAGUGCCUGAGCCCAGCUUGCCUGGAUUCUCUUAUGAGGGCAUUGUUCAGAAAGGGAGGAUUAGUUGAUCAGUGAGGAAUUAUUUCUGUGUACACUAUAAGUCUGUUGCCUGAGUGUCAAGCAGAAACACUGAAUCCUCCUGGUACAUUAGUCAGUUCAGUCCCUGAUGCUCCUACUCCAACUAGGCUGCUAGAAGGUUCUGUAGUCUGUUUUUAGUAUUGUUUCAUUCGUGUGAGCCACAUUUGCAUU